CGAUCAGAAAUUGGUGUGUUUUCUUUGGAUGACCGAUGCCAAGACGGAUGCUUUAAGACGACGGCUCAGCACCUGCGGCAGCGGUGCCUUGGUGGGCCGCGAGUAUUUUGCCCACCGGAAUGAGGUGAUCCUGCGCAGCGGUGAGAUCCCGACCGGCGUCCAUUUGCUGCUGGAGGGCUGUUUGCAGGUUCAAGCGCUGGGCGAGUUCUGCGAGACGGAACCCUUCGAAGUAGUCAAUGUUGGAAAGCUCGAGAGUGGAGACACAGUUGGAGUACUUUGCUGUUUGCAAAACAGGCCAUCGAGGUUUUCCUAUCGAGUAUGUUCCAAUGGCAUGAGUUGUCUCCUCAUUCCGAGCUCAUUGAUGACAACAAAGCUUCAGAACCUCCUUAGUGAUCGGUUCUUGCCAGUCGAAUCUUCUCGAGAAGAGUCUUGGGAGUCCUUUGCACUUGCAGAGAUCGAAGAAAGAGCUCUAGCAGCAAAAGCCAAGCAGGAUUUAUCCGGCUUGGGCGUCCGAGAGCAUCGCUACUUGAUUCCUCCUCGACUCUUGAUGAGCUGUCAUCCCAACUUAGCCCAGCUGGCCUCCCAUCGCAGAGACCCACCACCUCCCAUACCGAUCAAGCCCUUGGCCGAGCUGCUGCGAGAGAAGCGAGGGCUCAAGGAUGUUGAGGAGCCGACCACGGAGGAGGAACCGGAGCCGCCAGCACUCCCCACCGACCUGGAUUUGGCCACCCUGCUCCGCAUGGACGAGCCAAUACGAGAAGCCUCCCCAAAGCGGGGAGAGAUUAAGCUCAAUCUGAGAAAGCCAGGCAGUAUCUACAUUCCCCACACCUUUUCGGACGCCAAGCAAUGGAGACGGAGCAGGUCUUAUCAAUUCUGUCAGCAGUUUCCAGUUUGGCAGCCAGACACCGCCAAGAGGCCAGACUACGAGCUUUGUCUGCAAAUGGGACGUAUUUGUCGCGUGCUGUUGCAGGUCAGCCGAGUCAUCAAGUCUGGAGUUCGGAAGCUUCGAGGCAGCCAAAUCAAUGAUGCAACUGAUUUGCUGAAUGCCAUGAAUCCGGAGCAAACGCCCAAGCUCCCCAGCAGUAUUGUGCCAGAUGCCAUCCAUGUGCUGGGGGUCCAGGUUCCAGAAGAACAGGUCCAGGAACUUGUCAGCCAGAUGGAUUCUGGAAAUACUGGUGAAAUAGAUCGAGAAGAAUUGGCAGAUGCAUUUACCUCUCCAAAGAGUACCGUCAACAUGUACUACAACCGGGCGAGGAAGACCACUGAUGAGGCAAUCCUGAACAGCGAAGGAGGACUUUCUUUGGAGGACCUCAGCGAAGCAUCGGAUGUUGUCGUGGAAGCGGUGGAGGAGCUUCACACGACUUGGGAGGUGCAGCCUGCAACAUCCUUGCGCCUGCAUUUGACUGCUGAGCAAGAGAGGCCCCGCAGUGCUACCUUGAAUGCUUUGCCGGGACGACCUUUGAGUGCUCACAGCUUACGUGGAACAAAGACAUCGCCCAAGGAGGCUGAAUCGCCCGUGAAGCGGCCCCGGGUGGGCAAAUUCCAUGCCAUGCAACUGCGGCUUCGUCGAAGACAGCUGAAAAGCCCCGAGACGAGAUCAAAGACGCCCGGUCGUGUUUUAGUGGAGAUCAAAGACGGAGAAUCACUCUCUCCGGUCUCUCCUGGUUCCCGGGCCUUUUCAAUCCUUUCAAAGUUUGACGAACGUGCAUCUAGAUUGUGUGCAUAGUUUGGCACAGCCUCAGGGUGGCUCAAGAUCGCGUUUAUGAAGCCGG